UUCUCCUUCCCUUCUCAGUCUCCUCCUCGGAAGUAGACGUCCGUGUCUAUAUUCCGUUCAUUUUAUUUUUAAUAUCAGUUUGGAAGGAUCCCUUUUAGUUUUUUUAAAUACCCCCACCAAAUUUUACGGCAAACAUGGAGGCGAAGCUGGACGCUUAAAAAAAUGACGGAAUCCGAUCUGCUCCUCUAUUUUACCUCAGUUUAAUGGACCGGAUGAUCUGCGUUUCCCACAACCUUGCAGGGGAGGUAGCUGUAUCCAGUGGGGAGGUAGGCUUUUCCAGGGUUUGUGAUGAAGUUCACCAAACCCCUGGAAAGCCGGAAACUGUCAUCUCUUCUAGAGAAGGCAGUUUCUAGGGAAGCCAAACUAUGGAAGGUUUACGUGCCAAAGAAACCUACCAACCAGGAUACAGAUAUUUCCCCUGAAAAGCGUGAUGAGGCCGUCCGCUGGUUGAGAGAUGUGCAUUCCCAGCUCAAACUCUAUCCAGAGACCCUGUGCCUGGCCAUCGGCAUCCUGGAUCGCUUCCUCUCCACCAUUAAGGCCCGCCCAAAGUACCUGCGCUGCAUCGCCAUCUCUUGCUUUUUCCUGGCUGCUAAGACCAGUGAGGAAGAUGAGCGGAUCCCUUCUCUGAGAGAGCUGGCGUCCAGCAGCAAAUGUGGCUGUUCUCCAUCUGAAAUCUUGCGGAUGGAGAGGAUUGUUCUGGAUAAGCUGAACUGGGACCUGCACUCUGCCACUGCAUUGGACUUCCUUUACAUCUUCCAUACGAUGGUUUUGAGCUGUAAGUCAGGGCGUCUGAGCGCGGCGCUGUCGGGUCUGAACCCAUCGCAGCACGUGGCUCUGCUCACCCAGCAACUCUUCCACUGUCUGGCCCACAAUGCACUGCUGCAGGUGCGCGGCUCUUUGCUGUCCCUCGGCCUCAUCACGCUGGAGCUGGAGAAACUCUGCCCUGAUUGGCUCGCUCUCACUGUCGACCUGCUGCACAGAUUGCAGAUCGACAGUUCUCAGCUGAUCUGCUGUCGAGAGCUAGUCGCACGUUGCCUGUCCACACACACGGCUUCCCUGCCUCCUAACACUGUGUACAUCUGCCGUCCCCUACCGGAGCCUCGGGACGAGGGAGUCCUGCACGUCUCCCUGGCCCCGACUGCACCCUCUGACCCCAACAGCACCCACAGCCGCUCAGCCAAGCGCAAGGUGGAGCAAAUGGAGGUGGACGAGUACUUCGAUGGGAUCAAGCGCCUGUACAAUGAGGAGAAUCCCCAGGAGGGGGCGCUCCUGUGCACGGCGCAAACAGUAGGAGGAGGACAACCAAACGCUGGUUCCUCUCCCUGCCCGCCUCUCCAGCCUGUCAGAGAAACCUAGAGGAAGAAGAAAACAGCCAAACGAUCACACAACCGCAGCAGCCUCGGCCAUCACUGCACCUCAGAGCAGCAGAAAGAUAAGACAGAAAUACUAACACAAACAUAUCCUGUGCAUGAUGACACUUCAUGAAACCAAAAAAAGCAGACAAAAACAAAAAAAUCUAUAUAUAAAUGAAAAAACGAGUGCAAAAAAAGUAGGAAUAUCUUUCCCUCCAUCCAUCUGUGACGCUUGUAUCGUUCCUGUUUGUCUUUUUUUAUGUGUACUUUUAUCUUUCACUUCAUCUAUAACCUUCACUCUGUUUAUUUUGACUCUACUCGAGUGCUCUUAAGACUUUUGAUAUAUUUUAAUGUGCUAUAUACAUAUAUAUGCUCACUUAUCUGCGCGUAUAUAUGCAUAAACACGGCCAUGAUUGAAAGAGUGUGUCAUUUCUAAAGAUGUAUAUUAGUUUUUGUACAAAUAUACACUCUCGUUCAUGGCUGAGUUCAAUUGCUUGUGAUUGAAUGUGUGUGUGAGCGUUUGAAGGGUGAUAUUAUCCCUAUCACUUCCUUAUAUUGAGCAUUAACAAUGAGCUAGUGUUAUCUGUGGCGUUAGAUCACACUGUUAGAUGAACUGUUUGUUGCUUGUUCUAAGCCUAGUAAUGUAACCGUUAUAUUGAGUAGAUUAACAUGCAUACGAGUCUGAACUAACACGCUUUUUUGACCUUUACCAUUCCUUUGCUGAUCAUUUACUAUCCUGCAGAAAUCUUUCUCUUUCUCUGCUGCUCUGAGGUGCUGAUGCUCGACAGGCCCGCUGCUGAAAAACCUCCCAAUGCUCAAAUAAAUGAACAUCUCUACUGAA